UAUCGACCGAAUAAAGACUGGACACUUGGGCUAGUGCGUUAGGAUGCGUGACAUCAGAGACACUUGGAAAAUGUAUGCCUUCCGCCAUCUGCCCGCUAUCAAGCGUGAUCGACACCAGCAGAGUGGAAGAAGUGGUCGAACGCAAAAGCUCAGCGGCGCCGUAAGGGAAGCACGGCAGCAGCACGGAGUAAGCGGCGACGUCUCCGUCACAAAGCGCAAUUUGCGUCCGUUCAUACCAGCCAGAGACAUACCCGGACAGGCCUCUUGCUCAGGAGCCACGUACCUGAACUCUUCCAGACCAACGGCUGAUUGAAACGGGCAAGCAGAUACGAGUGAGGAACACCCACCCGGGAGCAUUACUACUUUGUCGCUGUCCAGUUGACGACGAGCGAUAUAUCACACACACACACCAGAAGCUACUGUAGCAACCUUGAGUAACAUGUACCGAGAGGGAUACCUUAUCAAGUGCGGCCGCAAUGCCUACGACCCACCGCAAUUAAUCUACUGCGUCUUCGAGAACGGAGUAGUCCAGUAUUACACGGAAAAAGGGGGCAUGAUCGUGGGCGAGCUCGAGAUGGCUGGCCACGUCACCAAGGUGCGAGUGGAGAAGACCACGCCUGGCAAGUUCCCGCAUCGCUUCACAGUCUCAGUGGCCGAGGUGGUUCGAGUGGAAGGCCGCCGUAUGAAGCUGGGCGAGCCGCGUAUAACCGAGUUCGCGGCUCCAACCAACGACCUGAUGAAGGAGUGGGCCAACUCGCUGCACUUGUGGCGUCGUAUGAACUGGAAGGAGAACGUCAAGUUCUUUGACAACUCGAGUGAAAUCUCGCAAGCGGAAGAGCUGGAGACGCUGCAGCUCCAGAUGCACACGCUCAAGACGGUGCGGGGCCGCUCCGUGUCGGCCAACAAGUUCAGGAAGCCGUUUGUCAACAUCAUGCACGGCCAGCCCUCGCCUACGAUCAAGAAGCUGCGGCAGAUGAUCAUGCACACGGGCUCGACGGCCUGCACCAGCACCGCGUAGGACGCGCCAUUUAUCAUUCGGUGCAGAGCUGGAAGCCAGUGCCGUCACGUUGUUUAUUAUGCAUGUCGUAUAGAGCCAUGCGACCGGUUGACAAAAGGCCAUUCACAUUGGCCUGGGUUACAUCGGGCCUCAUUUUGGUGUACGUCACGAGGUCAAUUUUUGUGUGUAUAAAUACAGAGCAACUAUUAUCAAGCUACAUUGCUC